AUGGCAGAUGUAAUCGGUUUCCUUGUCAGGGGGGUGUGCGCUUUCAUCGCCGGUCACAAAGCAGAGGAAGCGGCUCGCGCAGGAGAAUUAGCAGUCACUGGAAAUCAAGGACGAUCGCUUGACCUUCUUGCAGCGCUCAAUGAGGAGAUCAACAGUCACCCAGACUUCAUCGAUAGCGAGCACCCAGUGACUGUCGAGGCCAUGUCUCAUUCGAACGUCGGUAUCGCAAACGCUGUGGCCUAUACUGUCAGCGUGGGUAACUUUACGGAUGUGAUCGAGCAUCACGCUUCUAAUACAUUCGAUGAGGAAGGGGAGCAUUUCUUUGAGUUUGGGGUAGACUUUGACUGUAAGCCAUCGAGAUCGCAAAGGACAAUCCCCGUAGCUUCACGCUGGGUUUUGAAGUAUACAGCCAUUUCGUUGUUCGUGUGUUGGUUGAAGAGAAGCUGA